AUCUUAAUUACUAUAAUCCGAAUUUAACGCCAUGAUGAAGUCUGUAUUUAGGGUCUCGGGACCCCCUGAAUUUGAUCAUAAUCCUCGGUGUCUUCAGGAGACAUUGAACAGCGUAACUGGGUAUUAGCUACAGCCGCAGAAUCUUCGUAUAAUUGUUUCCGCCGCCGAUGAAACACGGGACUCCGCUGCUUCUUCCUCCGCCGCCGCCUGGUAUGGAAGCCAAGCUUCAGGUUGGGUGGCGGUUCUUUAAAGUCAUGGCCUCUGGUUUCCAGACUAAACUGACUCUGCCGCCAAUCGUCUGUGAAAAGCUUGAAGGGGAUAAGGUAUUAAAAACAGCAACAUUAAUCACUGAAAAGGGGAGAUGGGAUGUGGGGAUUGGACAUGGCAGCCAAGGGAAGCUUUACUUUGAGAAGGGUUGGGAAGUUUUUGUGCAGAAUCAUGGCUUAAGAGUUGGGGAAUUUGCAGUAUUUGAAUACAUAGGUGGUGGCAUUUGCUUCAAUGUUUCUUUGCUGGAUAAAAGUGGCUCUGAGAAAGUGUUUUCCCAGUCAGAAGAAGAACAGAACAUGGCUUCUAAGCUCAAUCCAUUAACUCAGAUAAGCCAAGAUGAAACACUGCCCCCUCUCUCAAUUGAAAUAGCUAACAUUGAUGAAAAAGAAGGUGAAGAUGUUGCUAUCAAGAUGGAAGAGGAUGAAGACAUGAUAACUUAUCACCUUAAUGCUCGUCUUGCUCCGUUAUAUGCCAUAUUAGCUGAGAUUGACAAUGAGGACCUCCCUUCCCGAACAAAUAUUCAUGAAGAAAGAGGGCAUUCCCGAGUAAAUAAACGUAAUGCAGAUCAGGAAAGGAAUAAAGAGAACUCAAUUGUUGCCUUGCCAGCUGAGAUAGACCGCGAAAAGGCUUGCCCUUCCGAGGUGAAAAUUCAGGAACAACAUGCCAUCAAGGUACCCGUGAAAUCUGAGGUUGCAGAUGAAGUGCCUUUACAAAUAGAACUUGGGAAUCCUGGAAAGGGCAAACGUUCUGUGAAACGCAAGAGGGAUGAUAAAACAGUACCUUCUCAAGUGAAAAUUCAGAAACGUGAUAUCAACAGAUGUUCUACGAAGCAGAAUAGGGACGAUGAUAAAACACCUUCUCAAGCAAAAUCUCAGAAACAUGAUUUGAAUAGGGAUGAUGAUAAAACACCUUCUCAAACAAAAGCUCAGAAACAUGAUAUGAACAAAUGUUCUGUGAAGCAGGAAACGGAUGAUGAUAAUGCACCUUCCCCAGCAAUAACUCAGAAACAUGAAAAGAACAAAUCGCCAGUGAAGAAUGACAAGAACAAAAGUAGUCUGGAACAGGAAAAUCACAAAGAUCAAGUCCCUUCCAAACCGAAAGGAUGUGCACAGGACAAGAAGGGGGACACUAAAAGAAAAAGAGAACGUAAGGUGAAUACAUCUUCCCCGGAACAAUGUUUGCAAUUUUCAACAUUAAUGAAGCCAUAUCAUCUCCGUAGCAGAUCUCCUUACAUGCAUAUACCUGCAGAAUUCUGUGUAGCCAAUGAACUGUACCAAAACGCAAGAAUAACUCUGAAAGGUCCAAGCGACGAGAGGCAAGUUAGCCUUAAGGUUUGCAAAGGUGGGAGGACCAAAUACGCCAUCAUUACCCGGGGUUGGCCUGAGUUCAUUGCAGGGAACAAUCUCGAAGAAGGAGAUACUUGCAUCUUCAAACUCCUCAGAAAAAGAAGCAGUUUUGAUGAUGCUGUUGUUUUAGAAGUUGAGGUUCUCCGAGCAUCAACCUAGGUUACAUUCAUUAAUUUGUGCUUUGCUGAAUUAAGAUUCGAUGUUUCUUUCAAAGAAUUUGCAUUUUCUACCAUCGUCGCUAGAUCAUUUUCCCCAAGAUUUUUAGGUUUGAUUAGGCUUAGCUUGCCUUCUUCAACUUGUAUAUAUGGGAUCGGACUUCAAGAACAUAACAGCUAUUUUUACUUCUUUAAUGGUUUAAUUAUCGGAUGAUUGUGGAGAAGUCGUAGAGUUUGGGUCAUCCAAUC